GUUGCAUUUCGAUUUUGUGGCUUAAUGAAGGAUGGCAACCUACUGUAGGGGCCAUAAUCUUCAAACUACAAUUCACGGACUCGAUCUCACACCUUCGCGUUCUCAAAGUAACUCGAUGUGCUCGUUGAGAAAUACUUGAUAUGAUUUGCAAUCACUUUCCACCUGCUGAAUUUCAAUUCAACGGAAAGACGGCUGCUCAAAAUCUGUCUCAUUUCAAAGUCGUUUGACACUGCAUUAUCAAAGAUCUGUCUAGCAAUUAUCGACAAUGUCUAGCCCAGGUUACCCCAAACCAGCAGAUGGUGACCAAGAUCGUGGUGGAGCUGUCAUUGCUGUGUACUGGUCAAUAGCCGCAGUAGCUAUGCUAGUAGUUGGUCUACGAUUCUACUCUCGUCGACUCGUUCGGGCCAUUGGUGCUGAUGACUGGCUCAUGCUUAUCAGUCUUAUCUUCCAAGUCACCUUGAGCUGUUUCUGCACGUAUGAAGCAACCAUCGGCGGUUUCAAGCAUCUCUAUUACCUGAGUCCAUCACAGCUUACCGAAACUAUUAAAUGGAACUACAUACUACAGUGCUGGGGCAUAAGUGCUUUUACACCCAGCAAGUUGUCUGUCGGUCUGCUUCUCAUACGCAUUCUCCAUCCGAUCCGUGGAUGGAAAUUUUGGACAAUCGUCACCAUCAUGACGCUCAUGACCAUCAUCAAUACACUUGAUAGCAUCCUCACAUAUGCCCAAUGCAAUCCCCCUAAAGCGUUGUGGGAGCCAACAGUAAAGGCACACUGCUGGAAUCCUACAGUACAGGCCAACUUCUCGAUAUUCCAAGCUAGCUUCAAUGUGUUCACUGACACGGUCUUUGCGCUUCUGCCUGCUACCAUUAUCUGGGGUCUUCAGAUGCCAAAAAAGAACAAGUUGAUCCUCUGCUUGCUGCUAGGACCAGGACUCUUUGCUGCGGUUGCCGGCAUCGUAAAGAUAACCUAUUUGUACUCUCUGAAUGCUCACUCCGAUAUAACCUGGGUAACGUAUAACCUCGUUAUGUGGAGUGGUGCCGAGAAUUUCGUCGUGCUUGUGUGUGGAAGUGUUCCUCCUCUUAAGACACUCUACGACCGAUACUUUACUACGCCAACAGGAUACAAUUUCAGUUCGACUGCUAGCAGCGGAAAAUACUACAAGACUGGCAAAAGUUCGAACACAAAGGUUUCCCAGCCCACAGAUUCAGGGUCUGAGCACGAACUUACACAAAUCGAGAAUACCGGUCAAAUUGAGCAAGGAAUCCCAAGAGAAUGGUAGGCAACAUUUUGGGUAUCUACUAAGAAUGCCACAAAAAUAGCCUGUGGGGUUGUAGAGGCUAACCUCAAAAUUGGGACCCAACGUAUAGGAUGGGUUGUAGGAGAAUGCUUGAGAAUGUAUCAUAUUUGCAGUUGCACCAUUGUAUUAAUCUAACCUUGAAUCCCGCCUCGUAAAUUCU